GUUCCCCAUUUUGAUGUCCUCCUCGACAAGUCUGAUUCCGGCCUUGGAAUCUCUCGUAUACUCUCUUGUGCCAGCGUCAAGGAAUGAUGAACCACUCAGAAAUGAUCUCGUAGCGCACUGUAAGGAGAUCCUAUCAAGUCGGAUUGGACAAAGUCAUGAGCCUGAUAUUGGCCAUCUAGCUGACUUGGUGAAAAGACAGCUGCUUCAGUCGUCUCCGUCUGGAACAACAGCUCUCAAAUUCACCAAUUUACUUUCGCGUCUUUUGGACCAGCAUGUCCUUUCUAAAAAACACGCGUCCAUACAAUUCCUUCAUUCUCUUGCUUCAUCGCGUCAACCAUCGUCAUCAGUCCCUUUCCUUCCUUCUCUCGUGCCUCCACCUCCUGCGAGGCCGUCUCCUUCAACAUCGCCCUCAGAAAAAUCGCUACCACUGUCACAACACUUCAGCAAGUCUAGAGCUGAGAGGCUGAGAGAGUAUCGUCAACAGGCUGGACGACCGUAUCUGCCGGAACAUCUCCUACUACGAGAUACAUUAUAUCUUUUGCAGGGCAUUUCUGGGAAAUUCAUACGAUUGUCUUCACAGAAUGACAACAAUCAGCUCGAGUUUGUAGACAACACUAGAUAUGUCAUCUCAGCUCCCACGAAGGCUCUUAUCCAUCGUCUUUCCGAAGUCGGCUAUCUGUAUUCACGAGUCGAUGCUUUUGUACGAGAACGAGAAGGGUCUACCGGGGUUGGGAUGAUCGAACAAAGCCUGUGUCAUCAUCUACAGACCAAGCUUACCGAAUAUUAUAGGCUUAUUGCUGUUCUGGAAUCCCAAAUGCCCUCUGUGACCGUAUCAGGGGAAGGGAACACGGUGGACUUGCGAGAGCAUGAAACCGGCUUAACGUUGCGGCGGUUGGAUGUCUGGAUCAAUGAAUGGAGGCUGCGAAUGCGGAUGAUGAGUGUUUGCGUAGAGGGCGCAAGAGAAUCCCAGGGUGGUGCACUCGUCAAUCUUAUUCAUAGUUACACCGAUAACGGAGAUCCAUUCAUACGGAAAUUCACUGAUCAGCUGUUAGAAGAGGUUUCCAAACCUUUUUUUUCUACACUACACAAAUGGUUAUUCUCUGGCGAGCUUUAUGACCCGUUUCACGAAUUCUUUGUUGCAAUGGAUCCAAGCCUAGCUCAUGUACAGUAUAUGCAUCCUUCGUCGCUUACAGGGAACAUCAAUCAACUCGCCGGGGACAGCUUCGUUGCACCAGACCAGGACGACCGCGACCAUCGACGAGGUGGUCUUACAAUAUGGCAAGCAAAAUAUAGAUUUCAGCAAGAUAUGCUACCGAUGUUCGUCGGCGAAGCAUUUGGGCGCAAGAUCCUUUCAACAGGCAAGAGCUUGAAUUUCAUUCGAUAUAGCUGCCACGAUAGCGAUUGGGUCGUGACAAGAGAAAAAAUGAGCAACACUGGUGGAUCUCUCAAGUACAGCGAUAUCGCAGGACUGGAACGGUCGAUAGACGCCGCGUACUCGACUGCAAGUCAACGUUUAUUUGACGUCUUCAUCGACAAGUUCAAAUUACUAGAUCACUUGUCUGCGUUGAAAAAUUAUAUGAUGCUUGGACAUGGAGAUUUCGCAGAUCAGCUUAUGAAUGCUUUGGGGCCGAGUUUAUCCCGUCCAGCCAACGCGCUAUACCGACACAAUCUCACCGCUACACUCGAAACUGCCAUCCGUUCCUCUAAUGCCCAAUCCGAUCCACCAGAUGUCCUCCGUCGGCUGGACGCACGCAUGCUCGAGUACUCUCAUGGUGAAAUCGGCUGGGACGUCUUCACGCUCGAGUAUAAAGUCGACGCGCCGAUCGACACAGUCAUCCACCCAGACGCGAUGGUCAAGUACCUAAAACUCUUCAACCACCUCUGGCAGAUGAAGCGCAUUGAGGGCACACUCAGCCGCGGCUGGAUGCGCGUCGCAGGCGGGGCACGAACAACCUUUUUACGGUUACCUGACCUCGAACCGUCAUGGCAUAAGAUACGGAUCAUAAUGGCAGAAAUGAUACAUUUCGUGAAGCAGCUGCAAGCGUAUUGUCAGAUGGAGGUUAUCGAGUGCUCGUGGAAGGUUUUGAUCGAGUUUUUGCAUAAGGGGGAGGGUGAUUUGGAUGCGAUGAUCGAUGCACAUCGUACGUAUCUGGAUAGGCUGGUGAAGAAGAUUUUACUGUUGAGCCCCAAGGUGGGGAGAGAGGAAAAUGUCAUGAAUCAAGUGAAGGACUUGUUUGUAACUGUGCUUCAGUUCCAGGAUGCCGUAGAGAACUUUUACAAUUUCUGUCUUACAGAAUCCACGCGAAGAGAUCAAAUGCUUGAUUCCGGCCGAGGUCUUUACACCGGACCCCAAGACCCAGACUCGUCUCUCUCAGAAAAUCUUCCACGGCUUCUCCGGCCGGUGAACGACUACGGAUCGCAGUUUUCAGAAAAGGUGCAAGCACUCGUGGCAGCACUGCAGACACAUCCAGAUCUAGAUUGUCGGUUCUUGGGAGUGAGAUUGAAUUUCUCGGAUUAUUAUCGAGGAAAACAACAAAAGGAGAAAGAGAAGGAGAGAGCAGAGACUGCAACACCCAAGUGAUGAGUUUGUUGGUUUACAUGCCCAGAGUGUAUUUUAUGCUUGUAUCUCUAUUGUAACACUUCCAUGUAAUCGAGGAGAUGUGGGCGAACCGUAGUUGUGAGUCAACAAUGCAAUGCAAGUCUGCGGAUUGCAAACGCAUAAAGGAAUCCGCC